AUGAUUGAUUUUGACUUAAGUGAACUUGUAAUUGAAGUGGAUGAGGAUGCACUUUUUGUUGGUCAAACUUUUCAGACUCAGGAAGAAGCAUUUACAUUUUGUAACAAUUAUGCAAAAAAACAUGGUUUUAUGGGAGUGAAGGAUCGUACAAACACUCGACAUGGAAGAACUAUUAGACAAGAUUUUCAUUGUCAUUGCUAUGGAAAACCACGUCCAAAGGUAUUUGAUAUGUCCAAAAAUAGGCAAAACAAGAGUUCUUCUAAGUGUGGUUGCUAUACUCGUUUGCGAAUCACUCUGAAGCAGAGUUUUGAUAUAUUUUCAGAAGAAUGGCAUGUGACUGUAUUGGUCAAACAACAUAACCAUCCCAUGUUGUCACAUGAAGAACUACGUUUUCUUCUGUCAAAUAGGAGUAUCACUCCACAAGACGAGAAAAAGAUUUUGUUAUAUAAAGAAGCAGGAUUAUCAAUUAGACAAAUAAUUAGGGUGAUGGAACUUGAAAAAAAUCUCAAACAUGUUAAAAAGUUGCCUGGAGUUGAGGAGGCAAAUAACAUAAAAGAGUAUCUAAAAUCUGCAAAGGAAGAAAAUAAAAUGUUUCAAUAUACGUUUACUUUGUAUGAAAAGGGGAGACUAGAAAAUUUGUUUUUGUGUCAUGCUCAAAGUUUUGAGUGGUACCAAAAAUAUGGUGAUGUAGAUGUUUUUGAUAACACUUAUAAAGUGAACUCAUAUAAUAUGCCCUGUGCGAAUUUUUCAUCAUUGGAAAAACAAGCUUCUGAAGUUCUAACACCAUUUGCUUUUAAAGAAUUUCAAGAAGAAUUUGCAAGGCCUACAUUGUAUACUAUUAAUCAAGUUGAGAGAAAUGUUUUUCUGGUAAAAUAUUUUGAAGGGGACAACGCUAGACAACACAAAGUCUUAUGGGAUGGAUAUACAAUGAAAUGUAGUUGCAAACUUAUGAUUUGUGGUGUUAUUUGUCGUCAUCCAUUGCGUGGCAUGAUGAUACAUCAUUUGAAGAAGAAUGCACUCUUACGAGCAAUGAACUUGGAGAUGGAGAAAUAG